AUGAGAGAUUUGACCAAUAUCGGAAGAAAGAUCGCUCUUGUUUUAGUUCCUGUUAACGAUGAGCAAAGAAUUCAUAGAGAAUUGAAAAAUUGGGAUUUGUGGGGUCCUUUACUUUUGUGUAUUCUUCUUGCUUUUACUUUAGGAUUUAGUGCCAAAGAAUCACAAAAAGGAGCUGCCUUUGGAGGUGUUUUUGUAAUUAUUUGGCUUGGAAGUGGUAUUCUUACAUUGAAUGGACAAUUAUUAGGAGGAACAAUUAGCUUUUUCCAAAGUGUGUGUGUUUUGGGAUAUUGUGUAUUCCCAUUAGUGUUAUGUAGUAUUGCAUUCAUUUUCCUCCAAUCAUUCACUAUUCGAUUCUUUAUUGUCUUGUGUUGUGUGGUGUGGUGUUGCAUAACCUCAACAUUGGUCUUGACACACAGCGUUAAGAAGAAUAGAAAACUUCUCAGCAUGUACCCUGUCAUUCUGUACUAUAUCUUCUUAGGAUGGUUGGUAUUUGUUCAAUAA